ACAAAUCGAAGGGGAAAAAACUCGGUCCGUAACUUACAGUACGGACCUCGAACUCGUUUAGUAAGAGGUAUAUAUGAACUGAAUUUUCUCCUCCACUGCUGUUUCUGUUUGGAGAUACAAAGGAAGAUGGGAGGAGAGAGAAAGAGAUAAUGCAAACAUGUUUUGCUAAUUUCCAGAUCAGAAGGAAAACUACUCAACAUCACCGAAGGGCUGUUUUGUACCAGUCUUCCCGUCGUUUCCCGACCUAAGUAAAAAAUGAUGAGACUGGGAACAAGUUAUAUAACCAACAUGGCGGCUCUGGCAAGCUCUCGCGCAAAUUUGAACAAGGGGUAUUUUUUUGCAUUGCGGAGUGCACUAAAAAGAUGUAGAAGAUGUAAAAAUACAGAAUGUGCAGUUGAAUUUGAAAUUGGUGACCGAACUAUGAAAUUUUCAACGGGAAAAAUGGCAAAGUUGGCGAAUGGAUCCGUCGUUGCUGAGCAUGGAGAGAAUUCGACCUUGGUUACUGCUGUAAGUGAGAUGACAUCCACAGAUACCAAUGGAAGAGGUUUGCCUCUAUUGGUAAGAUCACAACAUAUUUCCUGGGCAGAUGCUCUUGAAGUUGGGGCCAGAUACACCACAAAAGUUGUUGACGUCAGGGACUAUGGUGUGAUGGUGGAAAUCCUACCAGACGCGCCCAGUGUGCUUUUACACUCCUCUGAGAUGUCUCGCGGCAAGGUCAAGAGCAGUUUAUGGGCAGCUGAUGGACUCCACGAUCCUGAUAUUGCUGCUAUAAAUGGAGCGUCUGCAGCUCUUGCAGUUUCUGAUAUUCCUUGGAGUGGUCCUGUUGGUGCGGUGAGAGUUGGUGAGAUUGAUGGAGAGUUUGCCGUGAAUCCCACCUGGUCAGAACUUGACAGCAGCAAGCUGAACCUUGUUAUUGCAUGCAGUGAAAGGAAAGUUGAAGGUGUAGCUGGAUGCGAUGGACGUCCCUUGGAUGCCCUCCGACCCAUUAAAUGUGAGGUUGAUUUGUUCAAAAGCCUUCAUGGGUCAUCGUUAUUUCAAAGAGGAGAAACACAGGUGUUCUGUACAGCAACACUUGGUUCUCUGCGUUCAGCAAGACAACGUGAUGUAGCAGAGAUGGCUGUGGGGGAUGUGAGAGAAAAACCAUUUAUGCUCCACUAUGAGUUUCCACCGUUUUGUGUGAAUGAAAUUGGAUUUUCUAGUGGAUACAGUAGACGAGAGAUUGGUCAUGGAAAUUUAGCUGAAAUGGCGUUAGAACCAGUUGUUCCUAAGGAUUUCCCAUUUGCCAUUCGGCUUACAUCCCAGGUGUUAGAAUCAAAUGGCUCUUCAUCGUUAGCAUCUGUUUGUGCAGGCAGUUUGACACUGAUGGAUGCAGGGGUCCCAAUCACUCGUCUUGUUGGAGGGGUGGCCUGUGGUCUGAUAACAAGCAGUGACGCCGAGGAUCCAGAUAAACAAGACAUCGAGCAGUACCGUCUGUUGACAGAUAUCUUGGGCAUCGAGGACUAUAUGGGUGAUAUGGACUUCAAACUUGCUGGAAGCCGACAAGGGAUAACAGCUCUUCAGGCUGAUUUCAAGGUCCCAGGCCUCCCGCUACACAUCGUGGAAGAAGCAGUAACAAAAGCAACAGAUGAUCGGAUGAAAGUUCUGGAUAUUAUUGAAGAAUGUCAGAGCGAGGCUAGGAAAACUCCCAAGGAAAAUGCACCAGCUGUCGUGAACGUAGCUGUUCCUCGAUACCACGUCAAAAAGUUGCUUAGUGGUGGAGCAAAGGUUCUCAAGAACUUGGAGGAAGAAACAGGUACAGACAUCACUCGGAUUGAUGAAGACCUGUUUUCUGUUUUUGCUCGAAACGCUAAAGCUCUCAAAGAAGCGGUGGACAGGAUCAAUGAAAUAACAACUAUAAAGUCCUGGGCAGAUGCUCUUGAAGUUGGGGCUACAUACACCACAAAAGUUGUUGACGUCAGGUGAGUGAUUAAGUUUGAUAUUGUAGACUAUU